GGGAGUCUCGUGUCAGAUCAGAAACUUUGAAUCAAUCAAGAAAAGGAAGAAAAAAAUUUAAGAUAUGGGUUUUCUUCCAAAACUGGCAGCAGCCGUGAUCGGAUUACUUUUGCUAUGCAGUAAUGUCAGAAGCGUACCAAAUACAAGCGUGACAACUGUUCUUUGCAACUCGGGUGUCUAUUCCAAGGGUGACCCUUUUGCCACUAGCUUGGCCUUUGUUCUUGAAGAAUUAGAGACUCUAACGCCUUCGCGCAAGGGGUACAAUUACUUCAAUAUCUCUCCGUAUCCUAAUGCUUUUGCCUACGGUCAUGCGGCUUGUAACCAGAACCUGACGAGCUCGGACUGUGCUACUUGUUUGUCUGCUGCUAAAACUGCCAUGUUCGGAACUUGUCAAAGUCGAAUAGGGGCUCGCUCGGUGCUCCAUGAUUGUACAAUUAGCACAAAGUGUUUGCAACAGUGAAACCUUAUCUAUUUGAUGUGAUCAUUCGUGUUUCGAUUGUGGACUUGUAAUUCACUCUUUUUUCUUUUUAAUCUAAUUCUGGGUUCUUGGAGACACA